CAUGUGUACCCAUCAUCAAUGCAUGUAAUGCGAUUCGGUUCCCACGUAUGUUCGCUGAUCCACACGCGCACGCACGAACUCACCCACCCACCUCGGUUCACCUACCGUGUCGCCUUUCCAUUAUUGCACGCGUGCCUUCUUGCUUUGCACACGAACACCCACUCUUGCAGCCAAACGCGGACGUGUCAAACGGCAGCCAGCCAGGCGAGAAAACGGAUAAUGCGCGUCUGUCUGUCUGUCUGUCUGUAUCCCCCACCGAGCCAGUCCAAUCAUACCCCUCCCACCAACCAACCCACACACACGCAGCCCAUGACAUGAACACGAUGGCCUUUCUGUCUUAUGUCUGACGGCUGGUGUGUGUGAGUCAGUGUGGGUGUGACCCAUGUGUGAAAGAAGCGGGCAUUCCUGAGAGGGAAUGCCAACCCUGAUUCACCUGACUGCCCACAGACGCCCCUCCUCUGCCCGCCCGAGAACUACUCAUCGUCAGUCCACGCAACGCAGUAAGACAAAUACCCAGGUCGAAGGGCAAUGAGACGACGGUCAAUCCACGAGCCAUCUUGCGUCUCUCUCGUCUGUUGAGGUGUCGUCUCUUCGGACACCUCAACAGACACCACCCACCAGAAGGAAGGUGGGCAGCGGUUCCUAACGGAUGCCAAAACCUGCCCGCAGUCACAACACACAGGGAGGGAGGGAUAGACGAGCAAGACAAGGAAGGAGACCGAGGGCAAUUCGAGCGAGAACCAUUAUAUAGGUGGGUGUGGUGUGGUGUUAUGUGUGAGCUGAGGGUGUUAUGUGUGUGCUCUGGGGUGGGGUUGGAGCUUUGGCAGUGCCGGGGCAUUUGUCCCGACACUCGCAAAGCCAGCCGACUCCCCCUCCCCUACCACACGCUUCCUACCAAACACUCAGGCACGUCUCCUCCCUCCCUCCCUCCCUCCCUCACACACACACACACACAUGCAAACAAAUAGGAUCUCAGUCAGUCAGUCAGUGCGUACGGUAUGCAGGUGUCAGGUUAGCGAGCAAGCAGGCAGGCUGCCAUCCAUCCAUCCAUCCGUCCGAUCAACCGCACACACACGCCACCACAUCGGCAGGCAGGCAGGUAGCUGGAUAGGUACACAUACGCGAUCAGACGGCAUUGGCAACACCGUCAACUCAACCAUUGCACGCACCAUGACACCAAUAGUCAGUCAGUCAGUCAGUCGAUGAGUCCUUCACUGCCGCCCCAUCAGCAGUUUGUCGGCGAGAAGGUAGGCAGGGUGAUGGAUGGCAGGACAUGCCCGCAUCGGCUCAGGCAAUCAGUCGAUUCGAUGAUUCGCGGGACACAUUCUCUCUCAAACACACACACACAUACCAAGGUGUACAGGGCCAAGACAAAGGGAGGGAUAUUCGAGGGUGCUAUAUGACAGUGUGUGUUGCUGCGCAUGCGCGAUGGUGCGUGCCGGGCUUGGGCUGUGGGAGGUCAGGCAUCUCCCGACCUUCGCAAAACCAGCGUACUCCCAACACAACCAAACACACACACCACACACACACAAGCGUCUCACUCAAACCUUUCCUUAUUUCCUCCCUCUCGCCCAUCCCUCCCUCCCUCCCUCCUUCUCAGACGCCCCACACACAACAUGCAAACAAAUAGGAUCCGACAGCAAUAAUGGGUGCGUGCAUUGCGGUCAACAGUCAGUCAGUACGUAGGCCAUGCAUGCGCAAUAUGCAUGAAUCAAAUUACCUCACCAAUCGAGCUGUGGCAGGCAGGUACAACCAAGCAGGCAGAGCAGGCAGGCGACCACUCAUCCAAUCACUCACUCACUCACCCAUCCAUCCAUCCAGCCAUCCAACCACAUGUGUACACCAAGACGACAGACAAGAACGAUUAGGAAGGAAGUUCUUCGGUCAUGGCCCGGGCCAUCUGCUCCUCCUCGCUGAGUCCUUCCUGCAGGUGCCCGGCUUGCUCAGCCUGAGCGGCCGACAUGGGCUGCACAGCUGUCCCCGCGAUCGUCCCGCCGCUCACCGACGCCCUUUCGGGGAACGCCUGCCGCCCGACACCCGCCUGUAUCGCGCUCGCGCCAAAUGCGGUGGCACGCCUCACACUGAAGGUUGCCACCAGCGGGAGGCCCGGCCGCGGCACGUCAAACCGCCACUCCCCACUCGUUCCUCCGGCGGUGCGUGUGACUGGGUCGGGGGCCUGAGGGUGGGGUGGCGUGAGCGACUGCAGGGCGAUGGCCUGCACGUCGGCGAUGCUGAGAACCAGCUGCUGGGUGGCCGUCAGGUCGUACGGCAAGGUAGCAGCUGGUGGGGGGAACUCGAGCCGGUACCUGCAGCGCCUCGGUGUGUCCUCGAGAAUCGUGAUGCUGAGCGAGCAGCACAUACCACAUACAUACACACACAUGAUUCAGAACGAGAUCCUCACUUUUUUUCCCACCGUUCCCUCCCCUAACCUACCCCAGUUGGUCCAAUGACAGGUUUCGGUAGUACAGCUCCACGGCGCUCUCCACAGCACCUUGUCGCCUCUCCAGCACUUCGCCUGCGCCCCUCUCCCUCUGGCGUCCCUGCCCGUCCUCGAACGGCUCACGCACCUGCAUCGCGUCACUGAUCGCCUGUGUGGGCAGGAUCAGUCGGUUGACGUCGUCGUAGUGCUCGGCGCCUUGUGCCAGCGGGAGGGAGUGCAUGGGCUGCUGUGAGUCGGGGCGGACCAGAGACACGUCCCAUGGCUGCUGGCUGACGCCCUCGAGGCAGAGGGAUGGCUUCCAUAUUUGGCUGGGAUAGGGUGUGAGGGUGGCGCGGCCGGUCAUCUUGCCGCCGUCACUGCGCUUGCCCAGGUCGAUGCCCAUGCGCACCUUCGUGCUGCGCAGGCUUGCUGUGCAGGCCUCCUUCACCCCGGGGAAAACGAUGCCGACCUUGACGGAUCCUGCGGGAAUGGUGACGUUGGUAGUGGUGGUCUUCGGGUGGUUGAUGUAGUUGUGGUCCAACACCAACCGCUCCGAGUACUUCUUGGCACCCGUGCCUGGAGCGAACUCCAGCCCGCGGCAGCCGGGCGCGAUGAGCUCGAUGCGGGACACGCUCGCCAUGAGGCCGGCUGAGGGACGCAACGGGAACAUGUGCGAUUCGUCGAACGUCACAACGUUGAAGACACUCACAACCGGCUCACCCACAGGGCGAACGCUGACCAAACACACAUACAGCAUACAUGCAUUAAUACAUACAUACACACCUUUCUUUCGUGUCUCACUCACCACAUUUCUUUGUAGUCCAUUUUCUCGUAGAUGAACCCCACCAGCAGCGUCCGCGAGGCCGUCACGCGCUCCUGAGGGACCAGCAGGCGGACCGCUCCGGUGCUGCCAUCAAACGCCCACAUCGUCUGGUCCAACUCGUGGGCGUCGAGGCCGAGCACCCCUUCGUAUUGGUUGUCGCUGGUCGGUCCCGACGCCACGCUGCCCGCAGCCGACUGCGCCACAAAAACCUUGCUGGGCUUCUUGCACACGUCGAAUACGGCCAGCGACACACUCGAGUUGGCGGCUGCGGGCACGCCGCUGAUGAGUCCCCACACAACCAACUUCAGCUGCACCACCCGUCCGAGGACAUGGAUCUUGACCACCCGCCGGUAGAGCUCAAUGGAUGUGAAGGCGCCCUGGUAGUCGCACUGGUCGGUGGGGGGGAGGGUGGCCAUGGCCAGUCCGGAGGAGCUGCCAAUGCAACACCAGCUGAGAGCGAUGAAGGUACUAGCGGUGGCCGCAGAAGAUUUCGCUACGAGGACACGAUACGAGGCACACGCGGAAGAUUUCAUCGAGAGCGGUUGGCGCUUGUCAACCGACCUUCACAGCGCCAUGCUCAAGCACUUCUUUCGCUGCUCAAGC